AGUCGUGCGCGCCCCUGAAGUACCCAGCUGGCCGCAUGGCUGCGGGCUGUGUGGCGUCUCAGAGGCCCAGGGCGGCCUCGGAGAGGCCCGUGGCGGGUCAGACCGGGGUUCUGCCCUGCCUGGAGCUGCCGAGCUACGCCGCGGCGUGUGCGCUGGUGAGCAGCCGCUACUCCUGCCUGGUGGCCGCCCCGCACCGCAGGCACAUCGCCCUGUCGCCCCGCUACCUGAGCAGGAAGCGCACGGGCAUCCGCGAGCAGCUGGACGCCGAGCUCCUGCGCUACUCCGAGAGCCUUUUGGGUGUCCCUAUUGCAUAUGAUAACAUCAGAGUUGUGGGUGAAUUGGGAGAUAUUUAUGAUGAUCAAGGACAUAUUCAUCUUAACAUUGAAGCAGAUUUUGUUAUUUUCUGCCCUGAACCAGGACAGAAGUUAAUGGGUAUUGUUAAUAAAGUAUCUUCUAGUCAUAUUGGCUGUUUAGUGCAUGGGUGUUUUAAUGCCUCUAUCCCUAAACCUGAGCAGAUGUCAUAUGAGGAGUGGCAGAGCUUGGAGAUAAAUGUAGGUGAUGAACUAGAAUUUGAUGUAUUUCGCUUAGAUUCAGAUUCUGCUGGAGUAUUCUGCAUUCGAGGAAAACUAAAUACCACAAGUUUGCCAUUUAAGAGCUCUGUAGUUUCUGAAGAUGUAGCAGAAAUUGGCAUUGAAGAGGCUGCUGAAAAAAUUUCAAAGAAGAAAAAGAAGAAGAAGAAGGACCCAGGAACACACACAGCAGUCGAUGGUGUCACAGAGCUAGCAAAUGGUGCAGAUGUCACUCCAAAGGAAGAAACAGACCCACUAUGUGGUGGUUCUGUGAGUGACCUCUGUGAAGAAGAGCCGAAGAAGAGAAAGAAGAAGAAGAAAAGGCACCAGGAAGAUCAGGACCCUGUUUUCCAAGCCAGUGACUCCAGUGGCUACCAAAGUGAUCAUAAGAAGAAAAAAAAGAAAAGGAAACACAAAGAAGAGAUUGACUCUGUGUCACCGAAGAAGAGACAGUGACUGUCUUUUCCAUUGUUGACAAACUUACAUACAGUAUAGAUGAAAGGAUGUUGUGUAAGGUAGGAAAUGCUUAGAUAUAUGGAAAAGUCACAAACACUUGUUAGUAAUUGGAGAGUUUUAUACUAAAAUCAUACAUGUGACUAUGUAAAUUUUAGAUAAUACUGGUAGUAUUAAAGCAUCAUUUUAUUACACAGUAUAAAAUGUUAACAACUGCUUUCAUUCUUGUCUCUCCAUGAAAUUCUACAUUCUCAGUAUUUGCCAAAGAACUUUGUAAUACUUUGAAUUUUUUUCCGAUAAUAA